AUGGCCUCAGGGACUCCUGAACAGGAAAUCACAGAGGAACCCAUAUGUCCCAUCUGCCUGCAAUAUUUCACAAAGCCAGUGAGCGUAGACUGCGGGCACAACUUCUGCCGGGGCUGCAUCACUCGGUACUGUAAAGAAUGGACAACGGGAGACUACGGGCCUUUGUGCUGCUCCGUCUGCAGAGCUCGGAUCCGGACAGGGAAUCUCCGGCCCAACCGGGACCUGGCGCAUAUAAUAGAAAAAAUCCAAGAAGAGGGUUUAAAAGCAGACGAAGCGGGAAAAGAGAAUCUGUGUGCGAGACACAAGGAGAAACUCAACCUGUUCUGUGAGAAGGAUGGGGAAGCCGUGUGUGCGGUUUGCGAGAGAUCCCCAGAGCACAGGUCUCACCCGGUGCUUCUCCUUGAAGUGGCUGCCUGGAAAUAUAAGAAACAAACCCUGACCCAACUGAAGACUCUGAAGAAAGAGCGAGAGGAGCUUCUGGGAUUUAAGGAGACCGAAGAGAGGAAAAUGAAGGAGUACCGGGACAAAAAAGAAGCCGAGAGGCAGAAGGUUGUGUCUGAAUUUGAACAGCUGCACCAGUUCCUGGAGGAACAAGAGCGACUCCUGCUGGCCCGGCUGGGAGAGCUGGAGCAGGAGAUUGUGAGGUGGCAGAACGAGACUGUCACCAAACUCGACAAGGAGAUUUCCCAUCUCAGCGAGCUGAUCAGUGAGAUGGAGGGGAAGGGGCAGCAGCCAGCGAGGGAAUUCCUGCAGGACUCCAGAAGCACCUUGAGCAGGUGCAAAAAAGGGAAGUUCCAGGUGCCGGUGAAGAUCUCUCCUGUGCUGGAAAAAAGACUCAGCAUUUACUCUCAACAAACUCUUGCUCUAAAGGCAACUUUGAGGACCUUCAAAGAGAAUGUGACUCUGCAUCCAGACACGGUUUAUCCCGGACUCGUCCUGUCUGAGGAUCGGAAAAGUGUGCAAUGUGGAGACACCCGGCAGGAUCUGCCUGACAAUCCCGAGAGAUUUGAUCCCGUUCCCUGUGUGCUGGGAUGUAAGGGGUUCACUUCGGGGAGACAUUGCUGGGAUGUGGAGGUGGGAGGUGGGGAACGCUGGGCCGUGGGGGUGGCUAGAGAAUCACUGAGGAGGAAGGGACUGAUCGACUUUAACCCUGAGGGGGGGAUCUGGGCUGUGGAGCGGUGUCUGGAUCAGUACCGGGCUCUCACCUCCCCUGAGGUCCCUCUCUCCUUGAGCCGGAACCCCAGGAGGAUCCGGGUUUCUCUGGACUAUGAGGCAGGGCAGGUGGCAUUCUGCUAUGCAGAUAACGAGGCCCCAAUCUUCACUUUCCCACCAGCCACUUUUUCUGGGGAUAGAAUCUGCCCUUGGCUCUGGGUCUGGAAAUCCCAACUCCAACUGUGUCCCUGA